AUGAGGAGAGCUAUACAAAACUUCAAGCAAAUCCAAAAUGAAUCUCUAGCCGAAUCGUGGGAGAGAUUUAAGGAAUUACGAAGACAAUGCCCUCAUCAUGGCAUUCAAGGAUGGGACUUAAUGAUGGCUUUCUAUGAAGGUUUACUAGACAAUUCAAAGAUUUUAGUUGAUGCUUCAUCAGGAGGUUCAUUCACGGUUUUUAAACCCGCUCAAGCUGAAGAAUUAUUAGAGAAAAUUGCUACGAAUGGAUCUACUUGGUAUUCGGAGAGGUCUACUCAAAGACUUGUUGGUGGUAUUCAUGACGUAGAGCAAAUAUCCGCCUUAUCGGCUAAGGUGGAUAAUGUGGCGACCAUGGUUCAAAAGCUAGCUCAAAUCACUAUCAAAAAUCAAAAUGUGAGCUAUGCUUCUACUCCUCCAAGGCCCGUCAUGAUGUGUGAUUUAUGUGGAGGAGAACACAACCCGGGAGAAUGCUUUAAUGAUGAUACGAGUUCUCAAUCUUCUAUGGAGCAUGUUGAUUUGGUAGGAUAUGGUAGGCAACAACAAUCAUUCCAACCGCAAGGGGCCUACAAUCCUAAUGCACCAAGAAACCAUCCCAGUUUCUCAUGGAGUAACCCGAAUGGGGCGGCGAAUCCCCAAAGUUAUGGCAAUAGAAACCCACCUCUGGGAUUCCAAGGUCAACAAAAUUUUAGAGGGGGUCAAACACAACAAUUUAGGCCGAAUCAAGGAUUUCAACCCCAAGCUCCUACUAUUCAACCAAGGCCACCGCUACCUACUUUGGAAGCUCCACCUCCAUCGAAUUGGGAAGCUAUGAUGGAAAUGAUGGUGAAACCUCAAUUACAAAGUGAUGAAAAAUUUAGACAAGUGACGGAGAGGUUGGACCAAUUGAGUGCUAAUAACAAGAUGCUAGAGAAUCAAAUAGCAAAUCAAGCCUCAACCUCUAGCACCAAAGUCACGGGGAAGUUGCCCGCUUGCCCCGAAAAUCCAAGGGAGCACAUGAAUGCUAUCACCACUAGGAGUGGAAAGCAACUUGAAGGUCCACCUUUGCCCACUAGUGAUCAAGUUCUAAAGAAGAAGCCGGAAGUUGGAGAUGAAAAAUUCAAAGGAAGAUGA